AUGGACCGAUUAUCAUCAUCACUUAAGUGUCAUCCUAGUUUUCACUUGGAAUGUGACACCUGUCAGGAUGGAGAGCACAGAGCAGUCUGCAGGUGUCCUUCCUCCCACAGUCCUGUGAGAACGCUAACUGAAGAGAAACCUAAAGAAUGUAAGGACUAUGGAAACACCUUUGGUGAAUCCUCAGAGGUCCUUGUACAUUUAAGAGGUCACAGUGAGGAGAAGUCUGUUGAUAGUAAGGAACAUGGCAAAGUUCAUCUUUUUUCAUCCUUGUGUGGGCAUAUGAGAACUCACAGUGGAGAGAGGCCCUAUGAAUGUAAGGAGUGUGGCAAAGGUUUUAAGGACUUCUCGUCCUUCUCUAAACAUAGGAGAAUUCACAGUGUAGAGAGGUCUUAUGAUUUUAAGAUGCGUGGAGAGGGCCCUUUUGCAUGUAAGGAGUGUGCCAAAGCCUUUACUCAUCGCUCCUACUUAGUUAAACAUCAGAUAGUUCACAGUGGAGAAAAGCCUUAUGAAUGUAAGGAGUGUGGCAAAGGUUUUCAGUUCCCCUCAUCCCUCACUAGACAUAGGAGAAUUCACAGUGGAGAGAGGCCCUAUGAAUGUAAGGACUGUGGGAAAACAUUUACUCAACACUGCAACCUUCUUUCACAUAGCAGAAUACACAGUGGAGAGAGGCCCUAUGAAUGUGAGGAGUGUGGCAAAGCCUUCAAAGAGUCCUCAAAACUCACUAUCCAUAGGAGAAUUCACAGUAGAGAGAAUGUAAGAUAUGAAUGUAAGAUAUGUGGGAAAGCAUUUGCUAACCAAACAUCCCUCACUACACAUACUAGAAUUCAUACUGGAGAGAGGCCUUAUGAAUGUAAAGAAUGUGGGAAAACCUUUAUUCAACAGUCUCACCUUAUUGCACAUAGGAGAACUCAUAGUGGAGAGAGGCCUUAUGAAUGUAAGGAGUGUGGGAAAGCCUUUUCUCGACACUCUCAACUUAAUAUACAUAGGAGAAUUCACAGUGGAGAGAAGCCUUAUGAAUGUAAGGAAUGUGGAAAAGCAUUUUCUCACCAAACAUCCAUCAUUACACAUAGCAGAAUUCAUAGUGGAGAGAGGCCUUAUGAAUGUAAGGAGUGUGGGAAAGCCUUUACUCAACACUCUCACCUUAUUACACAUAGGAGAAUACACAGUGGAGAGAAACCUUAUGAAUGUAAGGAGUGUGGGAAAACCUUUAUUUGUCACUCUAUCCUCACUAAACAUAGGAGAAUUCACAGUGGAGAGAAACCUUAUGAUUGUAAGUAAUGUUGCAAAGCCAUUAGUCUUGUUACAACCCUCAUUCCGCAUAGAACUCACAGGAAAGAGGCCUUAUGAAUGUCAACUUGGCAAAGACUGAUUCCUCUUCAUCCCUCAUUGAACAUAUGAUAAUCCACAUGGAAAGAAUCCUGGUGCAUGUAUGGAAUGUGCCAAAGCCUUUGCUUGUU